AUGGGGGGUCUGAGGCCCUGGGCCCGAUAUGGGCUGCUGCUUGUGGCCCACCUGCUGGUCUUGGGGCUGGGGGCUGUGGUGCUCCAGGCCCUGGAGAGACCGUCAGCACUCCGGCGCCAGGCCCAGCUCAGGGCCCAGCUGGUCACUUUCCGGGAGAAAUACGGGGACUGCCUGCCCCCCGGGGCCCUGGAGGAGCUGCUGGGCACCGCCCUGGUGGCCCAGGCCCAUGGGGUCUCUGGCCUGGGCAAUGGCUCAGAGGCCAGCAACUGGGAUCUGCCCUCAGCCCUGCUCUUCACUGCCAGCAUCCUCACCACCACGGGUUAUGGGCACAUGGCCCCACUGUCAGCAGGUGGCAAGGCCUUCUGCGUGGUCUUCGCAGCCCUGGGGCUGCCGGCUUCACUCGUGCUUGUGGCCACACUGCGCCACUGCCUGCUGCCCCUGUUCAGCUGCCCGUGUGCCUGGGUAGCUGCCCGCUGGCAGCUGGCACCGGCCAGAGCUGCGCUGCUGCAGGCUGCCGGACUGGGCCUGCUCGUGGCUGGCACCUUCGUGCUGCUGCCAGCCGUGGUGCUGUGGAGUGUGCAGGGCGACAGCAGCCUGCUGGAAGCUGUCUACUUCUGCUUCGGCUCACUCAGCACCAUCGGCCUGGGGGACCUGCUGCCCAGCAGAGGCCGUGGCCUGCACCCAGCGCUUUUCCAUCUGGGCCAGUUCGCACUUCUCGGUUACUUGCUCCUGGGGCUCCUGGCCAUGCUGUUGGCCGUGGAGACCAUCUCAGAGCUGCCACAGGUCCGUGCCAUGGUGAAGUUCUUCGGGUCCAGCGUCCCUCCGAGCGCUGAGGACCAGGGUGGCAUCCUAAGCCAGGACGAACUGGCUUUGAGCACCCUGCCCUCCACAGCUGCUGCGUCAGAGCAGGCCCCAGCUUGCUGACAGGUGUCAGGUGA